AUGUAUGACGUUAAAGAUAAAGUGUUUUUAAUUACGGGAGCUGUAGGUGGGAUAGGUUCUGCUUUAGUGAAAGCUGCCUUGCAAGAUGAAGCUAAGCAUGUGAUAGCUUUAGAUAUCGAUGUAAACCAAGGUAAGGCGUUAGAAAGCGAAUUAAAAGACGUUUACGGGCAAAAUAAAAUCAAAUUUAUUAAAUGUGACGUCACGAGUGAUUUGGAAAAUGCAUACGAUUUAGCGAUUAAAGAAUUCGGAUAUAUUGACGUGGUAAUAAAUAACGCUGGAAUUAUGAAUGACAGUCCGAAUGUGUAUUUAAAAGAGAUCGCUGUUAAUGUGACUGCACUGAUAACGAGUUCCCUUAAAGCAUUUGACCUUAUGCGCAAAGAUCGAGGUGGGAAAGGAGGCACCAUAAUAAACAUAUCAUCUAUAGUUGGACUGAUGCAGACAUCACUAUUACCAAUUUACAGCGCCACAAAGAGCGCGGUUUUGCAAUUUAGUAAUUGUCUUGGGAUGGAACAGAACUUCUCUUGGUCAGGUGUACGUGUAUUGACUGUGUGCUUCGGUAGCACGGAUACUCCACUUCUAAGUCUGCAAAAAUUAGGCGGUUUUACCAAAGAGUUUGAUGAAAAAAUACAUGUUGGCAUUAACAAGAUGCCACAGCAAAGUGCGCAGUCUGCGGCUCAAGGUCUUCUAACAGCAUACAGAAACGGUGUCAGCGGAAGCACUUGGCUUGUGACCUCUAACAGACCGGCCGAGGAAAUUACAGAAAACGUAAAAAACGCUUACAAAACUCUAAGUCAAGGCAUAUAUGAAUAA